AUGGCCUUUCGCCAAGCUCCAAUUGGGUUGAGAUACCUUUCAACUCCAGUUGAUCCAAAACAAAAAGCCCAAUCCAUUGUUGAUGCCUUGCCAGGUACCAAUUUGUUAUCAAAGACUGGUAUUUUAGCCACCUCUGCAGCUGCAGCAAUUUACGGAUUAUCCAAUGGUUUAAUUAUCAUACACGAUGAAUCCAUCUUGGUAUUGACAUUCACAAUCUUUUCUGCCAUGGUUGUCAAAUUCAUUGCUCCCUUGUACACUGAAUGGGCUGAUGGAGAAAUCAAGAAGGUUAACGAUUUGUUAAAUGGAGCCAGGAACAAGCAUAUCAAAGCCGUUGAAAACAGAAUUGAAUCUGUCGGUGAAUUGAAAGACGUUGUUUCACAAACCAAAGACUUGUUCAACUUGUCUAAAGAAACUGCUAAAUACGAAGCAGAUUCAUUUGUUUUGAAACAAAAAUUAGAAGUAGCAUCAGAAGCUAGAAACGUUUUGGAUUCAUGGGUUAGAUUUGAACAACAACAAAGGCAAAUUGAACAAGAACAAUUGGCCAACUCAGUCAUUGAAAAGGUUAACAAGGAAAUUGAAAAUCCAAAAUUUCAAGAGAAGGUUUUGGCAGAGGCUAUUGCUGAUGUUGAGAAGUUAUUCAAUAAAUCUAAAUAG